ACACACGCGCCCACCCAGCCACCCGGCCACCAGCCGCCAUGGGCAAGGACAGGCAGCCCCGCGGGCAGCAGAGGCAGGGGGACGCCGCCGGGCCCGACGACCCGGGGCCGAAGAAAGGCGCCGGGACCCGCGAGCAGCGCGGGGAGGAGGAGGCCCAGACGUGCUGCGGCUGCCGCUUCCCGCUGCUGCUCGCGCUGCUGCAGCUGGCCCUGGGCGUCGCCGUGACCGUGGUGGGCUUCCUCAUGGCGAGCGUCAGCUCCUCCCUGCUAGUCAGAGCCACUCCAUAUUGGGCUGGGAUCAUUGUCUGCGUGGUGGCCUAUCUUGGCUUGUUUAUGCUUUGUGUCUCGUACCAAGUUGAUGAACGGACGUGUAUCCAGUUUUCUAUGAAACUGCUGUACUUCGUGCUGAGCGCCCUGGGGCUGGUGGUGUGCGUGCUGGCCGUGGCCUUCGCCGCCCACCACUACUCGCUGCUCACGCACCUGACCUGUGAGAACGCCCCCGACUCCUGCCAGUGCAAGCUGCCGUCCUCGGAGCCGCUGAGCCGGACCUUCGUGUACCGGGAUGUGACUGACUGUACCAGCAUCACGGGCACCUUCCAGGUGUUCCUGCUCGUCCAGAUGGUUCUGAACUUGGUCUGUGGCCUUGUGUGCUUGGUGGCCUGCUUUGUGAUGUGGAAACACAGGUAUCAGGUCUUUUAUGUGGGGGUCAGGAUGUGCCCCCUGUCGGCUUCCGAAGGCCAGCAGCAGAAGGUGUAGGAAUCUUGCUCAGAAUUUGGAGAGAAAAUGGCACACUGGCUAGCUGAGGUUAAAAAGAAAAAUUAUUUUUAAGGAGAAAGAGAGAAAACUUUUGCCAAUAUUUACUGCUCUAAAUGAAUAUUUUUUAUAUUUUUCAAGAAACAAAAGAGCAUUUCUUCAGGUUUCUAUUGUAUUUUUAAACAUUCGUAUAGGUUCAACAAGAUACACAUUGAUUUGCGGGAUAUUCAAAGUCAAAAGCACACCAAACUGGGAAGCAAUGGCACAGAACUGUCCUCACAGUCUGGGGUUUACUCUUCAUGCUCACUUUCGCCACCACUGACGUACGGCUUUCUGGUUAAUACGGUCUAAGGUUUGUAGUGGCUGCCCCAGGUCCUUCCCGCCUCCUACCACAAUCCCCCACUGCGUCUUAGAGAAAGGCAAGGUGUGGAGAAGUCACUGGGCAACCAGGUGGAAUCUCUUCAUUUCCCCUACUGCGGAUGUUGUCAAGGCCCAAAACAUGAGCGAACUUCAAAAACCUCAUGGGAAGUGGAGUUCGAAGUUUAUUUUGCUGCCAAAAAAUUAAGAUCCACACAUAUAUAGGGAUCUUCAGAAAGUUCACAGAAAAUGCAUAAUAUGGGGAAAAAAAAGAUUCACGGAUUUCAGAAUUUUGUUUGGACCAAACUAAAGUUAUCUUUUAAUGCCAUUUCUGAAGUGCCCUCAUAGCUUGGAAAGCCAAGCAGAAAAGAGGCUUUGCAAAAAUACAAGUAAUUAUAAACACCUGGGCCAGGGCGGCUGUCUCAGCUGCCUUCGCUUGGCUCUGUACGUAGAUCACUCGCGCGGGGCUUGGCAGGGCUCUCUGCUUCUCAAUAAUUGAAAUAUGGUGGUAGUUGUAUUCUUAAUGAUGUAGAAGGUUUAAAAAUAAUUACAUUACGCUUCCAUUCUAUCAUCUACAACAAAUCAUUCAACCUAAUUUCUAGCUAAUUGUUAAUUAUAAUUAUGCUCAGAAGUCUAUUUAAUGAGCUCUGGCUGUACUUAGGCAGCUCUGCCAGUGUAAAGAGAAAUUAUUCUCGUAAGAGAAGAGGCCUAAAGAUUCUUUCUUCUGAAAGUCAAGCGUUAUAAGGGAAAACUUUUUUUUUAAUUAAUAGCUCAGGAUAAAAACACCAAUUUAAACAAAAACAAGAGCAUUUAUAAUAGGAAGUACUUGUACAAAUAGCACGUUUGUGGCACAUUGCAGAGUGUCUCUCUUUGCAGCUAAAUAGCUUUGAAGAAGGCUGGCGAGUGCAGAUGUAUUCUGUGCACAAAACUGUAUUUGGCUCAUAACCCUAUUAUUGAUUC